AUGGCGCCGGUCCCAAUCGAGCCGAAGUUGAGCUACACCGGCAUAGCUCUCGUGGCUCUCCACGCCUCGAGUGCCGUCUACUUCACCUUGAGCGUCGCGCGCAGCCUCGUCCACUCAUACAAGUCUCUCUCUCCCGCCCAGGAUGUAAGGCUGCGGCAGGACAGGCGGAGGAAGCUCGUGCCUCUGUUUUCCGGAUUCGCACUGCUGAGUCUCGGCACUGCAAUCUACUCCGCCUACACGUACACUCAACUCUCAUAUCAGGUCUGGGCUGAUGCAAGAGGUUAUUUGCCUGAGACUCCACCCGGCCUCCUCGACGAUGUCUCUGGGAACGGCACCACAAACUUCACAAACGGCGCACACCCGAACGCCACUGAACUUGCAAUCUACAGGAUUCGCUGGCUUGCAGACACGCCAAUCUACCACGAUGCCUUCGAGAUUGUUGCCGAGAAAGCACGCCGGCUCUGGUGGGGACAGCAGAUCGACCUGGCUCUAGUCCCCUGGAGUGUACUCCUGGCAAUCGAGGGAAUGAGGCGCAAGAUUCCAAACCUUUUCGCGUUCCUCUGUCUCGCCCAUUUGGUCAACCUAUCCUUUGCGCAGAACCUGUUUUAUGUGGCUGCUGUUGACACCGACACCUUUGCCUGCGGUCGAGACACCAUCCACGAGAAUUGGUCUCUGAAGCCGGGCCUCUUCCUGCUGUCCAUCUCCCUUAGCUAUGCGGGCCUCUUCUACCUGCCAUACGCGGCGGACACCCCUUCCUUCAACCGCGUCGUCGCCGCAGCGAGAGGCCUGACGUUUGCCCCCUUGAUCCUGCAAGGCCUGGCGCCCGUCUCAUGGGGCCUAGUUCAUCCCCACCCCGAAAAGGCGAAUUCUGCCUUCACGGACCUCUUCAGGCUCAUGUCAUCCCUGAGUCUCGUACUGCACGGCACGGCGACCUUCAACGGCCUCAGGUACAACCUUCCCGACUCCCACUACCACCGCCAUAGCAAGUUCCUGCCGUGGGACGUCGAGGAGCGAUCGAAGUGGGAACGGGCGAGGACGGCCUCCGGCAAGCUAUUGGGGUCAAUGGCGGACCACCCUGUUGUCGCAGCCGUCGGCUACGAUGUACUUCUCAGUGGCUUGAGCAUCGGAGUCUGGGCUGCCGUGCGAUCUCUUAGGGCAAGUCACGUUCUCAGUUCAGCUGUGCCGCUGUAUGAGACCAACGAUGAUGCUCAUGGAGAGCAUGUCUCAGGAAAGGCAACGGAGGAUGACGACCAGGUGUCCAUGGCCGGGUCCGUCCGCCGGAGCAGUAGGCAGCACAAAGCGCGAGUUCCCAGCGUCAGCAGCGUGGCCAGCCGCGACGGCGAGGACAACCGCGGGGCGCCGGCGCCUCGACGCAGGGGCCGGCCCAGGAAGGUCAAGCAGGACCCAGAGGAGGAGCCCGGCGACGGGACCUACGAGCCCUCCGUCGAGGAGGUGAAAGCCAGCGCAGAGGGUGACUCGCUGCCCAGUCAGGAGGUUGACUGGGAGGCUGCUGCCCUGGCCUGGGGUCUGACCGCGGUGGGCGGCUUGGGCUUGGGCAGCGCAGGGGUCUUCGGGGGAGAGUGCCUAGCUCGUUGA